AUGGCGCCCACCGAAGCCGCCAUCCUGCACAACUACCUGACUGUCCCGGCGCAACUACCUUCAGCCAUCACGCUCGAAGAGUUUACCGAGCUUUUCCCCAAACCGCACCGCGCAAACCCGCAAAUCCGCUCCUUGUACCGUGAUCUGCAGCACCAAAGGAGGGCAAUCGUUGACAUGGUCACGGAGAACAUUGAAAAUGAGGAGAAGAACGGGAGGAUCAUCAAGCGCGAGAUUGCGCGUGUCCGGAAACGUGCGAAAGCCGAGGAUGCUGAUCAGGAGCUUGAGAUUGAGAGAGCGCUCUUUGGCGUGGCUGGGGCGCAAGAUCCCAAACACACAAUCAACUCCAUCGUUCCAGAGAUGGACACAGCGAUAGCGGAUCUCGAAGCAGAGAUUCGGGAGCUAGAGGCUCAGGAAGCAAAACUCACAGAGUCGGUCAAACAGACAGUCGGUAGCAUGAGCGAUCUCCGGUACGGACGCCUCGCCAACCCCAAGCUCGGAGAGGACGUCAUUCAAGGUCUCAAGAGUGUGCAAGAUGCAUGCGACGGAAAAAGUUGA